AUGUCUUCAUACCCUUUUGCCUAUUCCGAAGCCGCAGGGUUGGAUUCCAGGAUCAAGUUACCUCGUCCAACUGUUGAUCCUGCGCUGGCACCUAUCGUCGAUUCUUAUUUGUUUCCAGAAGAACUUGACAUCGCAUUUAUGCGCGGCAUGUCAGCGGGCGAGGAUGGCGACAUGUUGUCUUACACUGCUGACAGCAUCAUCAACACGAGGCCACAUCUCAAACAUACGGAGCAUUCUAUCCCCGGUCCUGAAGGCAACAGCGUCACCUUGUCCGUGUUUGCGCCCAAGGAACCCACUUCAACUACCCUACCAGCUGUGUAUUACAUGCAUGGCGGAGGAAUGGUUUCCGGUGACCGCUUUGCUGGGGUCAAUGAGUUCUGGGAUCUUCUCAAGGGGAUAGAGUGCGUCGUCAUGUCAGUUGAAUACCGCCUUGCGCCUGAGACUCGCGCCCCAGGACCGGCAGAGGAUUGUUAUGCCGGGCUUGUCUGGGUAUCCGAAAACGCGGCCAGACUUGGUAUUGACCCAGGAAAUAUAAUUGUCUCGGGUGUCUCUGGUGGUGCGGCGCUCGCGGCGGCCGUCUGCCUCAUGGCUCGUGACAGGAAGUCUCUGGCGAUUCCCCUCAAAGCACAAAUGCUGCUAUCCCCAAUGCUUGAUGACCGAUGCGAGAGUGUCUCUGACCAACAGUUUGAGUAUGGAAGCCCGUGGUGUGGCAUCACCAAUCGCAUGGCUUGGUCUCACGCCGUCGGUGAAGCACGGGGCACAAGCAAUAUUACUCCGUAUCAGUCGCCUGCUCGGGCAGAGGAUCUCUCAAACCUUCCGCCCACCUACAUUGAUGCCGCGGAAUGCGAGGUAUUUCGUGAUCCAGCCGUCACAUACGCCACGAACAUGUGGCGCUGCGGAUCAACUUGCGAGUUGCAUGUCUGGCCUGGAGCUUUCCAUUUGUUUGAUGGGAUGGAUAACCCAGAUGUGCCGCUUAUUCGCACAGCAAUUGUAGCUAAACAAGCUUGGCUAAUGAGAAUUAUAAAGUCGUGA